GAGGGAAGUAAUUCUCUUUUUUUUGCCUUAACGCGUAUCUUGUACUACUAAGUUUUCACACGGAAUAAGGUGCUCUGUAUUUCUUUUGCUAUUAAUUAUACAAGGAGAAAACCCAAAGAAGAAAGAAUAACAAAUCAGUAAGCAAAAAUGGUGAAAGACAGGACAAUUGGUGUGGCAAUGGAUUUCUCAAAGAGCAGCAAAACAGCUCUAAAAUGGGCUAUUGAUAACUUGGCUGAUAAAGGUGACACCUUUUACAUCAUCCACAUCAAGAACCAUUCUUCUGAUGAGUCACGUAAUAAACUCUGGGCUCAAUCUGGUUCUCCUUUAAUUCCACUGGUGGAAUUUAGGGAGGCUGAAGUGUUGCAGAAAUAUGAUGUGGAGACUGAUAUUGAAGUUCUUGAUUUGCUUGAUACUGUUACUAGGCAGAAAGAGAUAAAAGUUGUUGUUAAACUAUAUUGGGGAGAUGCUAGGGAGAAACUGUGUGAAGCUGUGGAAGAUCUGAAGUUGAAUUCUUUGGUUAUGGGGAGCAGAGGCCUCAGUACCCUCCAAAGGAUAUUCUUGGGAAGUGUGACCAACUAUGUAUUGUCUGUUGCUACCUGCCCUGUGACUGUUGUUAAGGAUCCAGAUUUUCACAAGCACUGAUCAAGUUUUGUUUUAUUGUAUAUGAGUGACAAAUGAUACUUAUGAAUAUGAUACCAGUUUCGAAUAACAUGAAGGCUUUUUUACAUGUUGUAAUUUCUCUCUUAUGAUGACGAUUUCCUUACAUUUCAAUGCUAAAUAAGACAUCUUGUUUCUGGUUUCAA